AUGUCCCGCGUGGAGCCGCCGGCGGGGGAGGCUGGGGCGGGCGGGGAGGAGGUGGUGCGGAUCCGGCUGGGGGACAGGUGCUACCCGGUCUGCAAGAGGAAACUGAUCGAGCAGAGCGACUAUUUCCGCGCCCUGUUCCGCUCGGGCAUGCGGGAGGCGGGGCAGGGGCAGGAGGAGCAGCAGCUGCGCGGGGGGCUCAGCGCCCUGGGGCUGGAGCUGGUGCUGGACUUCAUCAACACCUCGGGCCUGGCCUGGCUGGAGCAGGAGGGCGGGGAGCAGGAGCCCCCUUUGCUGGAGGAACUGAUUGAGGCUGCCUGCUACCUGCAGGUCACCCCGCUGCUGCGCCUGCUCCUCUCCCAGGUGAGGCUGGGCAACUGCCUGGAGCUGCACCGCCUAGCCCAGGUCUAUGGCCUCCAGGACCUGCAGGAUGCCUGCCUGGACUUCAUGGCUGCCCAUUACCAUCAGGUGCUGCGGAGACCCGAGGCCCGUCCCCAUCUCCUCCUGCCCAGUGCCCUCCGGCAGCAGCUGAUGGAGAGGCGGAUGAAGGGCACUGCCACUCUAGUGGCUAUUGGAGACUUCAUGGAUGCCUCCUCUCUGGGCCUGGCCCCGCGUCGCCACCUGCAGGAGGAAGCCCCUUGGUCCAUGCUGAGGUAUGAUGAGGUGGCCCAAAGGUGGCUUCCCUUGGCCAACAACCUGCCCCUGGAUCUCAUGAACGUCCGAGGCUAUGGGUCGGCGAUGCUGGACAACUACCUGUUUGUCAUCGGGGGCUAUAGGAUCACCAGUCAAGAGAUAUCGGCUGCUCACUGCUAUAACCCCUGCAUAAAUGAAUGGAGUCAGAUGGCUUCAAUGAACCAAAAGAGGUCCAAUUUUAAGCUUUUGGCUGUAAACGGAAAGCUCUAUGCCAUUGGCGGUCAAUCCCUUUCCAAUGUGGAGUGUUACAGCCCAGAGCACGACUGGUGGAAUUUUGUGGCAUCUAUGCCAAACCCUCUUGCAGAAUUUUCAGCUUGUGAAUGCAAGGGCAAAAUUUAUGUUGUUGGAGGAUAUACUACAAGAGACAGGAAUAUGAACAUCUUGCAGUACUGUCCCAUUUCUGACUGUUGGACCAACUUUGAGCUGUGUGAUGUCCACAUUCGCAAACAGCAGAUGCUUUCUGUUGAGGAAACCAUCUACCUGGUAGGGGGUUGUAUUCAUGAACUGGGACCUAACCAAAAAUCCAGCCAAAGUGAGGACAUGUUAACAGUACAGUCUUACAACACUGUUACCAGAGAAUGGCUCUACCUCAAGGAGAACACGUCCAAAUCAGGUCUCAACUUGACUUGUACUCUCCAUAACGAUGGGAUCUAUAUAAUGAGCAGAGAUAUUACGCCAUCUACAAGUUUGGAACACCGGAUUUUUCUUAAGUAUAACAUAUUUUCAGACAGAUGGGAGUCACUUAGACGCUUUCCAGCCUUUGGACAAAACAUGUUGGUCUGCUCUGUAUAUUUGCCCAAAAUGAUAGAAGUGUAAUUACACCAUUUUUUCCUUUCACUUCAUCAGCCAUUUUUGGAAGAAAUAAAUUAUUUUCAUUUCUGAAUGGGACAUGGUCACACAGCCUAUGCAUAAAAUACUGGUUCUGUUUAAAAAAAAAAAAAAAAAAAAAAAGUUGAAAAACUCAAUAUUAAUAGAGAUGUUUCCAGGAUUUUUGAAAAUUUCAAUUAAACUUACUUUUUGUUAUUGUCUUCAGUUUAAAUGAUGCCAAGCAGUGUGUGCAAUCCAGAUACAACAGCACUGUGUUGGUAUCUCCCUAUACUUCCUUAUGAAACACCCAUGUAUGCACUGGGCACAUUUGCACAAAGAUUUAAAAGAGCUCCCCUGGGUAUUGGAUGUUCUUUUAAUGUAAGUUGGUGACAGGCAUUGAACUACUCGCUACAUUUAAAAAAAAAAAAAGCAAAGGUCAGGGGGCACUAAACUCAAAAUGGGGAACGUCUGCUCAGCUGGAGAAGUGAUUUUUAAAUUUAUUUUUAAUUUGUUCAGUAAGCUUCUCCAAAUACUCAGCUGUUAAGAUCACAUUGUAGAAACAUGGGAACAAAUUGUGGGGGCAGGUUACGUGGCAGUAGAACACACAUGAGCCUCAGACGCCUAAGCAGGCUAGCUCCACCCUGGGGUUGGUCAGGCGCGUGUACAAAAGGAGUGCGGAGCAGCUCAGAGGUGUGGUGAGGGGAGGUGAACUCAUGUAACUGAACUGUCACUUGAGCAUCUCUGUGUGAAUCCUUGUCCACCUUCCCAGCAGAUGAUGUUAUAUGGGUUACUCUAGCCUGUGGUCUAUGGAAAUCCCUUUUCUGCCUCAUAGGGAAGUGGCAGGCAGAGAUGAACCUCUGACUUUUCAUAGGUGCUAAUUUGGGGGGAUUUGGGAAGAGUCACUUUUAGGGAAGAGGGUUGCUGUCCUCUCCUCACAGCCCCUCUCAAAUUGUCUGGGGGGAUCUUUAGUCCCGUUGGAUCCUCUUCUCUCGCUAGUUGACAGUUCUGAAGAGCCUGUUCACUCUAUCUGCUUGGGUGGCAUUCACAACUUCUCCCCAGGCAAAGGGGAGAAAUAGGACAGUCAUGAAAGUCUUACAUGCACAGAGCCCAUGCCACAGCUUUCUCACAUAGCACAGAUGCUGCUGUUCCAGGACUGAGCCACUUAUCCUUGUGUGUUCAAUGACAGGGGAUGAUGGAAAAUUCAAGCUUAUCUCUUGCAGUGGUUCAGUCAGCAUAGAAGUUAAGCUUCUUUUUUGGCUGGAGAGAAUAUGUGCCUGCAGGUUUUGUGCCCGCAACGUGAACUGCCAGUGCAAGUUUGACUACAGCAAUCAGGAGGCCUAGGCACUCAAGUAUGUGCCUGCAGUCCAGCUGGGCGCACAAACAUGUGAGUGGCCGUGGUUUUGAAAAUGUGACACAGAAGGAGCAGCUACCUCUGUUACACCAGUACAAGCAGGCUAAGCAAUCUCCAAUGUAGAAAUAAAGUGACUAGAAUGGAAUAGCUGAAUAAAAUCCCUAUUUUAUAUUUUCAAAACACGUUGUUUCAGUGUCUUAGGAUAGAUGUAAGCAGGAGGCCAUUAACCCACGACAGCUUUCCCUUACACACAUUAUUUGAUGAUUUGUUUUCCUUCAGUUCUCUGCAGUACAAGAUAUUUUUCCCUAGCAUCUCCCAAAGGCACCUCAGAUCACAAUCAGAACAAUAUACAGUGGAGAUCUCUUCACAGCGGAGUCAGUCAGUCUGCAUUCUGUGGCUUAGUGACUUAUGUGCUGAAUUGUUUGUGAAGAGCUAUCGCUUCCAGAUUCACCCCCUGCCCAGAGUAAUAUCUCCAAAUGACAACUUUCAAAUCUGGUGUCCAUUAAUCCAAUGACUUCCAACCCAAGCUGGGGUUUUAAGAGCUUUGUUUUUUUUCUUGGGAGUGAUUGUUUCUUUCACGGUGGCCUCCUGCUAUAUUAGGUUAAUGUACAGUCAACUUUAUCAUUCUCUAAUACCAAAUGAAGAAAAUCUCUCUCUGCAGGUCCUACUUUCUGCACUCUGUGAUCAGAUGACUAUUUUUAAGGUCUGAUGAACCAGCAGUGGUGAGUUAUAUGGGAGUGCUAGCUGAGACAGCAGAUGACAUGCAUUUUGGGGAGUAUUCAGACAUUGGUAUCUCUACUUCAAAUACAUCCAAAUUAGCAUAGGCUUUAAUGCAGUGGUGGGAAGCCUGGGGCCCAUCAAGGUAAUCUGAUUGCAGGCCAUGAGGCAUUUUGCUGAUGUUGACCAUCUGCAGGCACUGCCCCCCGCAGCUCCCAGUUCUCGUCAAAUGAAACAUCUGGACAGUGUGAUAAUGCUGUGGGACCAUAUUGAACCAGACUGAAAUAACCAUUGCACAAACCAUUUUUUCUUUCGGGGAGGAACUCGUGGUGUGUGGCCCUCCACACCUCAGAGAAGAAAUUCUCAUGACUGUCCCAUUCUAGUCUCCUUUUCUUUCCAUCGCUUUAAUAUUCCACAUACGGUAUCGUUUAGCAGCUACAGCCCUUCUAGGCAAGGCAAACUGGCAUAGGGGCUCUUUUCAUAGCUCAUCAGCAAACUGCUUCUCAGUCAGCCAAUGGAAAUGUUGUUGAGGGAUGCAAGACAAUCUGUUACCUCCCUUGGUGGGUAAAAUGGUCUUAAUGUAAGGGACAAUUAAACUUCCACUGAAUGGCAGCUAUGUAAAUAUACUAAAAUGAGAGGCCAUGUGGUCUACUUAAUUGAGCACAGGACUGGGAAUUCCUGAGUCUUAAUCCCAGCUCUGCUCCUCACUUACUGUGCGGCCUUGGAUAGGUCACUUAGCUCCUUUGUGUCUGUUUUCCCCAAUUGCGGACUAUGGAUAGUAAUAUCUACCCUACUGGAGUGUUGAAGUUUAAUUGAUUAAACACUUCAAACAUGUAAAGAACUACAUACGUGCUUAGUAUUGUUAUUUAUUUCAUUACUGAAACUCUCUUGUGGGAGGUGUAGGACAGAAAGCAGCUAGGAAUCCCACCUUGCUCUAGAUUAGUUAUCUUCAGAAAUGUUUACAGUCCUCUCUGUAUCUCCUAACAAAUUUGUCUUUCCAUUUGUCAGGGUUGGUUUUUUUUCUUUACAUAGUGAUUCUUUUUCUUUUCUUCACAUUAUCAGCUCUAGCUUACCUCAGUUCCCCUGCCCCCACUUGCCUUUUGUGUUUUAGCCAUCCAUCCUCAGUAUCUCUUCUUGUCCUUCAUGUCUAGACUGUGUACCCAGGCAUCAAGCUUACAUAUUUCCUCAUGGACACUGUCUUUGCUUCAUGGGCCAGUUCUACUAGAUAGUGAAAACUGGAAAGAUUAAAAAAGUGACUGUACAACAGAAGACAAUUCUAAGGGCUUGUAAAGAUCACUGAGACGAAGGCAAGGAGAGAUCAUCAGACCUAUAGUUUCUGCCUUUCCAGGUAUGGUCUGUGGUUUCAGUAUGAAAAAAAAUUUAGAUGAUAUUUAAGCUUGUUUUCCACAUAAUUUCCCUGGCCAAUUUCCAUAGCUUUCCCUCCCUGCCCUGCUAGUUGACCUCCCAUGUCUGUAUUUUCCCAUCUUUGAAGUUUUUGCUUUGCUACAUCCAUUGUCCAACCUGUUUUGCUAAAGUUACAUGAUACCAGUUUGUCAGCCUUUAGAACUUGGCCACCUGCCUUUCACAGUGUGCUGUUCUUACCAAUAACCAGGAUGAAACAAUGGAGCAAUCAAUAUGUAGCCCCCGUAGAGCAUUUUUAUUUCUCUAACUUUGGACUCCUAGCAGAGGAGAGGGUUGCAGAGCAAUAAAUGUUGCUUUUAUCGAAUCCUCAUUUUAGUGAGAAAUGACACUACAGUUAUUCAGAGGCUGUGAGAAGACUGGUCUGUGUCAGAGGCAUAAAGCGAAUGGAAGGCAUAGCAUGUAAUGACACUCAGCUCUUUACAUGUUCGGAUGCUUCACAAACAGUGAUGAAUCCUCCCCACCUUCCCUACUAGGCAGGUACACGCAGUAGGUAGUGUUAUGAUCUGGGGCAGCUCUUUAAGGGUAAAGAUUGGAGUGGUGAGUUCAUAAGCAGCUCUCAAGAAUUCCUUUCUGAAGGCAGUAACCUUGAGUUUCUGUAGCAGAUUUGAUUGAUUUUGCACUUACAAGGAUGACCAAAGGGUGGCUCCCAACACCCACAGUAAGUUUUAGAAACAAAACACAAACCUUAAGGUAGGGAGAGUUGAAACAUUUCCCCCUGAUAUUCUAAUUAAUGUUGACAUUCUGUACAGAUUGUAUGUUUUCUCUCUGAUACGCUCGGUGCCUGUUUCAGUGUAAAUUAUGUUUCUUAUCCAAAAGGGGGAGAAGAUGCUGGAAAAGGAGUCUGGCCUUUGUGAGAUUGUUCUUUCACCACCUUUAAAAUUGGUAUUGUAAUGCAUCAUGGUGUGUGUGUGUUUUGUU